AUGACAUCCAGUAGCGAAAUAGGUGCUCUCUUUGAGGAGGUUGAUAGCGAUCACAAUGGAUUCAUAACACGAGAGAACUUGGCCGAUUAUGUGAAAAAAAAUCAUCUUCCACCCGAAACCGUAAAUGUGAGUAACAAUCACUUAUUUAUGCGUAAGAAAAAUGUUAAUAAGUUGUUUGUUAAUUUGGAGGACUGCAACCACCUCCUUACUAAGAUGCUCCCCUUUAAAGCAGUUGUUCCUCGCUUGUGUGUGUGCGCACAGUGCGGUGUGAUCAGUCGAGGGUCUGGCACUUACACCUGCAAAAUGUCAAUGCCAGUGAGUCAGGAGUUGGCUAAAAUGUUUGAAGCCAUUGAUACUAACUUCAAUGGGUAUAUAACAAGGGAAGAACUGGAAGAAUAUGCCAAGAAGACCGGUCAGCCUGAAUCCAUGGUCGAUGACUGGUUCAAAUGGUUUGAUUUUGGAAAUACUGGCCAAAUCACCUAUGAGGAUAUGUGCGAGACCUUAGCAAUUGGAAUGACUAAAGCCUACUCAGAAAAGGUGGAGAAAAAACGUGAACUGAUUCAAAAAGGAAAAAUCGCUCCACCAAAAGAUAUGCCCAGGGAAUAUGCUGCACCUCAACCUAAACCAGAUUGGCUGGAAGGUGUCAAGGUGUUGUACACGGGUCGAUCGGAGGCAGGUCUUCUAGAAGAUGUUGUCGGUGUCGUGAAGAGCAGCAACAUUAAGGAUUUCGAAAAGGAGUCCACUUUUGCUCGUUACUUGAAGGAGACAAUGGAAAAGAAAUGGGGUCGCCACUGGCAGGUUAUCGUGAGCCAGUCCACCUUCGGGUGCGCUGUGGGUCACGAGGAGAACUACUUUGUGCACUUCCAAUAUGGCCCACAUCUAUUCAUCCUUUAUCGUACCACGGAAUGA